GUGAGGGACGGGGUGCUCCAGCAAGCUGUGCUGCUGGCAAAGUAGCUCCAGUCAAGGUGACAUCAUCAUCAUUUGUCGCUACCAAAGCAUCCCAAGGCUGUCUGUACUGUGUGCCUGUUGUCGCAGCCUGAGGAGCUGCGCGAUCCUGAUGCCGCACCCAGCUUGGUUCACACACAGUUUGGUUACAUAGUAGGAGGGGAUGUCCCAUCUUCUAUUCUUAAACGACCUGCUGUUUCUCUUUUCUGUCACGAAUGUCAAACCGAUGUACGCGAUACUAUGUCUAAUUUUUGGCAAACAGAAAAGGUACCUGAAAUAUAUGCGGAACAUACAUCUGAGCAACAACAGUGCGAAAAAUUGUUCACUGAAACUGUUAAACUUGAGGAUAAUCAAUUCACAGUUUCAUUGCCAUUAAAAAUACCUAUCUAUGAUGUGAACAAUACAUUGGGGGAUUCAUUUGGGCUAGCUCUCAAGAGAUUUUAUAAUCUCGAGAAGAGAUUUCAGAAGGAUCAGAAUUUGUAUGAAGGUUACAAGGAUUUCAUACAUGAAUAUCUCGACUUAGGUCAUGGAUCAUAUGUUGACAUUUCCUCAUAUGAACUUACUAAAGAUCCUGUGUACUUUAUGGGACAUUCAGCUGUUUUAAGGCCGGAUGCAGUAAGUACUAAGCUACGGGUAGUCUUUGAUGGAUCUAUGUUAACGAGUAAUAAGAUUUCAUUGAAUAAUAUUUUAAUGAAUGGGCCAACUGUUCAACAGGAGCUGUUUGACAUACUGUUGUCAUUUAGAGUGCACAAAUAUUUCAUUGCUUGUGAUAUCAGGCGUAUGUUCCGAAAUAUUUUAGUACAGAAAGAUCAGCGAUCUUUGCAAAAUAUUCUCUGGCGAGACACUCCUAAUGAGUCAAUAAAAUGUAUUCAGCUAAACACAGUUUGCUAUGGAAUGAAGUCGUCAAGUUAUCUUUCGACAAGAUGCUUGAACGAGCUGGCUACGAAAUUCGAGAGGCAAUAUCCUCUAGCCAGUUCGGCAAUUUUAAACUCUACAUAUGUAGAUGACAUCAUUCACACAGAGAAUAGUUUGGCAAAGAUUGUUGACACGCAAACUCAAUUGAUAGAAUUACUUGCUAAAGGUAGUUUUAAACUACAUAAAUGGGCAGCUAAUGACCCUUCAAUAUUGGCAAAUAUUCCAGUAGAGCAGCAGGUUGUUGGAGAACUGGAACUGAAUAAGGACAUCAAAACUUUGGGUUUAAAGUUAGAUAUUGACUCGGAUUCUUUUAAACUUUCAUGUCCAGUGUCAAAAAAUGUCCCUAAGACAAAAAGACAGAUUUUAAGUUACAUAAGCCAGUUCUACGACCCUUUAGGUCUAGCUGGACCCGUCUUUGUCCAAGCCAAAAUCAUCAUGCAAAAAUUGGCUCAAUCUUGUACCGACUGGGACUCGGUGCCCACGCCUAUUUUACUAAAAGAAUGGCUUGAAUUUUACAAUGAUUUGCAGACAAUGAAAGAAAUUAAAAUAAAACGAAAUGUUACUGUUGAUGACAUUCAGUCUGCUCAGCUAGUAGCAUUUGACCUCAAUCCUUCUGACUGUUUGAGUCGAGGUGUAAAACCUAGCGAGCUACAAGGUAACCAACUGUGGUGGUGCGGGCCGACUAGCAUGUCUGAUCCAGAGUAUAAGUUUACCGAUGUUAGUAAUGAUAAUGUACCUGACAACUUACCGGAGAUCAAGCAUGCUGAUAGUUCCAAGCCGACUAAAAGGUGUAACAGCAAAACAGCUGAUGGGUUCAUUGCCCGCUGGUAG